AUGGGCACGUCCCACCUCCCCUCUUGUCGCCCUCUGAUUCCAGCUCAGAACUUGGCCCUGGGGCGCCCAGCCACUCAGUCCUCCACGCUCGAGAAUAAAGAGACAGGAAAAGCCGUGGCUGAAAAGGCCGUGGAUGGAAAACGCGAUGGGAAGUGGGUACAAGGUUCCUGCAGCCACACCCAGUUCGACACAGAGCCGUGGUGGACCGUGGACUUGGGCAGUAGUCAGUCUGUCUCCGCGGUGAUCGUGAAGAACAGGGAGGACGAAUGCUGUGGGGAAAGAAUCAGGGGAGCCCAGAUCCACGUGGGAGACUCCUUGGCUGACAAUGGCAAGCAGAACCCCAUCUGCGGGACCAUCACCGAUACCAGACCGGGAUCCGUCAGCACCAUCUGUUGCUACGGGCUGGAGGGCCGCUACGUCACCAUCGUCAUCCCGGGAAGGGCGGAGUAUCUCACCCUGUGUGAGGUCGAGGUCCUAGCUCAGGGCUGUGCCCCACCACCAGGGGCUCGGAACUUGGCGCUGGGGCGCCCGGCCACACAGUCCUCCACGUACGUCGAUAACGACGGGACUGGAAAUGCCGUGGCUGGAAAGGCCGUGGAUGGAAAACGCGAUGGGAAGUGGGUACAAGGCUCCUGCAGCCACACCCAGCUCGACACAGAGCCGUGGUGGACCGUGGACUUGGGCAGUCGUCAGUCUGUCUCCGCGGUGAUCGUGAAGAACAGGGAAGACGAAUGCUGUGGGGAGAGAAUCAGGGGAGCCCAGAUCCGCGUGGGAGACUCCCUGGCCGACCAUGGCAAGCAGAACCCCAUCUGCGGGACCAUCACCGACACCAGACCGGGAUCCGUCAGCACCAUCUGCUGCUAUGGGCUGGAGGGCCGCUAUGUCACCAUCGUCAUCCCGGGCAGGGCGGAGUAUCUCACCCUGUGUGAGGUUGAGGUCAUAGCUCACGGCUGUGCCCCACCGCCAGGGGGUACCAAGGCGGGCACCGGUACCAGUAGUGGCCAGCAGGUGCAAGCUGGCCAGGAGGAGAUUCCCCUGGAGGCUGGGACAGCACAUGCCUCCUUCUCCUCAUCACCAGAAGACGAGUUAAUGCUUAAGGGGUCUUCUCCUCCCCAGGAUGACCUGAGAGCCCACCGGGUCGCCUCUCAUUUGGGCCUUCAGGCGGAGGUGGUCAGGGAGAUGUCUGUGGUUUCCUGGACAUUUUGA